AUGUUGACGCAUGUGUCCAGUCCCGAUGCAGACGGUCGAGUGACGUACACUUUUAAUACCCAGUGGAAGGUGGAGGUACCACGGCGUUAUGAAGUGAAUAAUGUCGUUGGCCGCGGUGCAUAUGGAAUUGUAUGUAGUGCCAUUGACACGGAAACGGGCGAUAAGGUUGCUAUUAAGAAAAUUGGCAACGUGUUUGCGGAUGUUGUGGAUGGCAAACGUACGCUGCGUGAGGUGAAGCUUUUGAGAUUCCUGAAACAUCCGAAUAUCAUUUCGAUGAGGGAUGUCUUUCGCCCAGUGAGUGAGGACUUUUCUGAUGUUUAUGUGGUAACAGAGCUCAUGUCAUCGGAUUUGCAAACGGUGGUUAAAUCCCCUAACGUACAAUUGAUGAGUAUUCAUUGUCAAUAUUUGACGUAUCAGCUGUUGUGUGCGCUACAGUACAUGCACAGCGCGGACAUUAUUCACCGUGAUUUGAAACCAGCGAAUAUAUUGACAGACUCGGAUUGUGUUGUGAAGGUGUGCGACUUCGGGCUGGCGCGAGGUGUCGGUGUAAAUGUGACAUCGUACGUCGUUACGCGGUGGUACCGGCCGCCUGAACUGCUUUUGGUUGGUGAUGACUGUGAUGGAGCGGUAGACAUGUGGGGCGUAGCAUGUCUUGUAGCGGAAAUUGUAUUGCGGUGUCCUCUUUUUCCAGGUCGGGAUUACAUCCACCAACUAAACCUUUUAGUGGAUGCGUUGGGUUUGCCACAAGUUGAGCAGGACUUGCAGCACAUACGCUCACCUGAAGCGUUGGCUUAUUUGCGUUCAUUACCCAAGAGGAAACCAUUAGGACUGGAGGGCGUUCAUCCAACACUGAAACAGGCGUACUUAACUGCAUUUAGUUACGGAACGGAGGAUGAUUAUGAAAUGGAAGGUACAACAACUCAUGGUAAUGCGAAGGAUGGCGGUAGUGCUGCUUCCGAAGCGGAUAUUGCCGCGGCUGCUGAAAAGGAGUAUGCGUUAUUUAAAGAUUUUCUCCUCAAGUUGUUGUUGUACAACCCAAAGGAACGCAUGACGGCGGCGGAGGCUGUGACGCACCCUUGGUUGCGAGAUAUACGGAAGAAAUGUGAGGAUGAGGGUUUAGAGAUACAGCCAAGCAAUCGAUUUCACUGGAAUUUCGAUAGUGCUGAGUUCACUGAACCUGUGCUUCGGGCAGUGAUGAAAGCAGAGAUUGCAGAUUUCAGUGCUUCGAGACGGUAA